AUGGCCACGACUUUUGCGACACCUUACUCGCCCUUGCCAAGCCAGCUCAUGCCCCUCACCUUGGACAGGGCUCCAGAUGAUCCAGCAAUUCUUGCCUCAACGGUCUGCCAACGUAUCGCCGCCGACCCGCUCACACACACCAUGGGACCCAAGCUUAUGCGUUAUGUGAACCCGAAAAUCCACACUUCCAUUCAAACAAAUACCUUUGCCUCCAUCCUCAUCAUCGGAGCCCAUACACGCUCUUCAACCGAUAUCAUUACCGGAAAUGAAAAGGCCGACAAACCAUUCAACUGGCAACGCCCAACCGCGAAAACUUUCUAUGCGCCAGAGGGGGAUAUUCUGCAACUCAGUGUUAUUCCAGGCCAUGCAUACGUUGAACAUUACGCUGCACUGAUUGCCACCUACGUGGCGUCAAAGGCCUUUACCGGAACCCGGAUCCCAACUGUACAUUAUCGACUUCCUCCAUCAGAUGCCUCCGUCACUCUUUUUGCCAACUCGAAUCUUCGUCACCUAGGCCCCAUUGAUGUUGCCAUCGUAGGUUACGUGGACUCGCUACCCAACUCUACAGGCCCUGGGGCAUGGGAAACUGCAACACAUAGCGGAGCGGGAGAGCCUCCUCUCUUUGCAUGGAAGAAACGCAAGCUACAGAAUGGGCGGAUAGUAGCGUUUAUUGGAUGCACGGCGUGCUAUUGGGGAGAUAUUGGCGGACAGUUGAUUCGGUCACUUAGUGAGCUAAGCGGCGUACGCGAGGCCAUCUAUAUAGGGAAGCUAGGAACGCUGGAUGCGAGACAUGUACCGAAUUCCGUCUUGGCAACAGGUUCUUGCAGCAAGUUUCACGAUGGCGGAAUGGUGGAAUGGGAGAGUGUGCUUGAUAGGGCGGUGCAGGGAUCACGCAUAGUGGUGAGCGGUGUUCAUUGUACUGUUGCCACGUCGCUGUGUGAGACAAAGGAGUGGGCACGAGACUGGAAAACUAAAGCGGACUGGGUUGACCCCGAGAUUGGGCACAUGGCGCGCGUAAGUAUGGAGAGGGGCGUGUUGUUUGGAUACUUGCAUGUUGUAUCCGAUAAUCUAUCGCGAGAGGGACUUGAGGGAUUAGUAGAUGAGAGAAAAGCAACGAUUGUAGCAGAUCGGAAGAAGCUGCUCGAGGAAGUGGAAAGGGUUCUAGAAAGGUAUUUCAACGAGAUUGGAGAAAGAUAA